AUAGAAUUUAAAUUUGUUGAUGAUGACGUUGCAACUGACGAAGAAUUUUUCGCCCAAGCGAAUGAACCUUUAUCUAGUUUUGACAUAACUAUCGGCCAUUUAGAAGAUAUUGUUGUGGGCAGUGAAUUUCAAGAUAUACAGCAUAAUUUCCUGAAUGAGCAUUAUAAUAGCUUUGAAGAUACCGAUGAGAAUAAGUUGUGCUAUACUGAAAUACACAAGAAAUAUAUGGACACUGUUGAAACGUUUUUGGAAGGAGAGCUGAAAAAAAACAUCCCUGAUUUCAGCAUGGCCGACUUUGUAGCCGAAGUGUGGUAA